CGACGAUCGGUGCUCGAAGCUCUUCGCCCCUGUGGGCUGCCCUGAUUCACCACAUGCACAGUAGAGUCUCCGUCCGGCACCAUGUCCACCGUACCGGAACAAGAACUCCAAGUCGUGUACACCACCCUCUACCAGAUUCGUCUCGUCAAUUAUGUUACGCUAUCUUCUGCAACGCUCCUUGUCUAUGACAUCUUAACUAACCUCGACAAAGAGAUUUCCUUCAUCUGGCGGUACUACCAUAACGCGGAGGAGCCAUAUGCAUUUGUUCCCUGGAACCGCAGGCUGCGUCGAAUGGUAAUUCAAGGCGUUUGUAUAUUCGGUCGUUACUACGGUCUUUUUUACCUCAUUGUGUACUUCGCCGGUAUGGCAUUUUCUUCCUCGUUUGUUCUACUGUCCAAUAGCAUUCCAGUUUACAACCACGAGAGCUUCUCUGUACCUAGUUGCAGGGGCUUCUAUUACUAUACCAUUUUUGCCGGUGGAAUACUGUACACAACGCUUGUCAACGUCAUCUUGGUGAUGCGUCUGAAUGUUUUCUAUCAAACCUUCUAUGGGGUAGAGGGGCUCCAAAAGUACCAAUUCUUCCUUGUCGGUGUGGUCAGCUUUGAAUAUUUGGUUGAACUGAUAAUGGGCAUUUUAUCAGCUAUAUGGGUUCGGGACCGAGUUGUCGAGCCACCCGCAGGAGUUCCUUGGCCAGGCUGCGUGCUUAGUGAGGAUCCAGGUAAUGCAUUGGUGCUCCCGACCUGGAUCAUAGCAAUUCUGGUUGCGACGGCUCUCUUUGGAUGUACGCUACAUCUGGUCUUCUCAAGCAUGAGGCGGCGGCUUAGGAGCUUCAGAGAUUUCACGAUCUCCAAUAUCAGAGAAGAGAUUAAGGGCCUCCAGCCAAUAUCACAAAUACUGAUGAGAGAUACUGUGCUGUUCUACAUCUCUAUGUUUGUGAUGUUGGUUACCUCAAUUGCAGCCAACUCAGUCUUUCAUAACUUUCUCUCACUCGUCACCUCCCCGUUAUUUAUGGCGUUAUCAUCCUUCUACUCUUCGCGAUUCAUCAUUCACACCCGAGAAUCUAUUGCCAAAUCGACCAACCGCUGGCAAGUUGAGGACCUGGACCUAUCAACCUUAUCUGACCCUUGCCGAUGACAUUGUGCGGCUCGCUGGGUAUGUGCGUGCGGCUGGCAAGUGUGUCAUUGCUCUCCACUCGGCCGUUUGCAUAUUAUAGAGUACGGUUGUAUUGGGUCAGGUGAAACGAUAUGACCGUUUGGAUCUAUAGGAAGUUGAGGACGAUCCUGUAGAGGUUAGGCAUUGAUCUAACGGAUAUUUACUUAAUCAUCUCAUUUCGGUCUGGCACUCGUACUAUAUGUGCUGUUCAGAGGUUGUACAUGCUUUUGAUUAAACACACUUCGGUGCAUGUGACACGAUAGCC